AUGUGGAAGUUGCUAGUGCUCGGCUUGUGGAUAACUCUGCCAAAGAUGGGCCUGAGUCAUGUCACAUUUACCAACCUGAAGUGCAGUUCCUAUAAUCCGGAAUAUCUAGCAUUUCCCACCUGCCAAAUAAAGGCGGUCAAUCGUACUCACAAGUAUAUAAAUAUAUACACCAAAUUGUUACAAUUGCCCGUUUCCACGUCUUGGGUGAAAAUACAAUUCCUGCGCUUCGAUAAUGGCUAUAAACCGUUCUUUAUCGAUAUUUCCUACGAUGGAUGCAAAUUUUUUAGGGAUCGAGAGAAAAAUCCCUUGGCUAAUUUGUUCUAUAAUACUUUUAGAAACAGUACAAAUCUGAAUCACACCUGUCCCUAUAAUCAUGAUGUGAUAGUGGAUAAAUUAUGGACGGGAAAUCUGGAGAAGGAUUUUGGACGUUAUAUACUAAUACCUAAUGGCGACUAUGCCGUAUAUUCCGAAUGGAGUUGCGAUGGUACUCCUCGUGCUUCUGUUAAAAUUUAUAUGAAAUUGUUUGAUAAAUAGUGGCAACUAUAUGUUUAUAUAUGUUAACUUAUAGAUCUUGUGAACAAUAA